AUGAUUGGCGGCGGCGCCAGCUCGACACUUGACGGUGACGGCGUGAUGCUGCACAGAGCUGCAUCCGACAGUAAUGCAUCACGUUGUGCGCAGGACUUGAGCACAUCCCGUUUUACAUCACGUACGUUGUAUGGGAUCAAUCUCAAGGUGUGUCGAUCGAAAUCGCGAAGAUACGUACCCGGACAUAAAAAAACAACUGUGAUAUAUAAUAUAAUUAAAAUGCAAAAUAACCAAGAAGAUGAAGAAGAAGUGUGGAGUACAGAGAUCGACUACGUAGCUCUGUCGCCGCCGCCCACGCCCCAACCGCCACCAGCAUGGCUCCGUCGCUCCUCUAGCAUAGCUCCAUCGCGAUCUAUGUUCGUGAACCUUAUACAACAGGAUAUCACCACAAACAGCCUAUUUGAUUACUAUUUUAGAAAUUAUGAAAAUAAAGUCGUGUAA